AAAAGGGUAAAGUCCAAAUAAUAGGCCCAGCCCAUGAAGGUGAGGCCCAAUUAGAGAUGAAGAGACGAGACGAGACAAACCUACACUUCUUUACAUCAUUCGCCUUCCUCCAACUGGUUGAGACUGGUGGACUGCUUCCGAGGUAAGAAAGGCAACGCAGAGACUUUGAGAGUGAUAACAGAGAUAAGUGUGAUCGGAGGAGAGAAAAGCAAAUGGCGUCGAACGCAGCGGUACCGUUCUGGAGAUCGGCGGGUAUGACUUACAUAACAUACUCCAACAUAUGCGCCAAUCUCGUUAGGAAUUGUCUCAAAGAGCCCUUCAAGACGGAAACCCUUCAACGCGAGAAGGUUCACUUCGCCGUCUCCAAAUGGUCCAACGGCAUUCCCGAAAAGCCCACUAUCCGUUCAGAUUCUGGGGAAGAAUGAGCAGAGGUAUUUUAUGAUCCUCGGAUUAUGCACUUUCUGAUUCAAGUUUUUUUUGUUGUUGUUGAGAUAUUUGACUUCCGAAGGUUGACGUUGUAUUGAAUCUGUCAUGGUUAAACCUUUCACAGAUUAAUAAUGUAAUUACUCUGUUUUGAGUUCAGAGCAUAAAUUUAUGAAUAAUGCUUGUGUUUUUGCAA